AUUGUUCGACAAACAUGUCUUAAAUGAUUUUCAAAAUUUUUAGUGAAAAUGGUACACGUAACAUAUUCCAAAUUAAUGCCGUUUCGUGUAGUUAAAUCAAAUACUGUUAGGAAUAUAAGUAAAUAUCUUCACAGACACAUUUGUUCCAAAGCCAUUAGGCAAAAAUUUUUAGAUUAUUUUGUACUAGAAACUGGACAUAAUUUUGUUAAAUCUAGUCCUGUUGUACCAUAUUGUGAUCCCACUUUAUCAUUUGUGAAUGCCGGAAUGAAUCAGUUUAAAGGAAUAUUGCUUAGUACACAAACGCCUCAAUAUAAGAAAGUGGCAAAUUGUCAAAAAUGUGUGAGAGUUGGAGGUAAACAUAAUGAUUUAAACACAAUUGGAAUAGACGGAUAUCAUCACACAUUUUUUGAAAUGUUAGGCAAUUGGUCAUUCGGAGAUUACUUCAAGAAAGAUGCUUGCAAAUUAGCUUGGGAUUUGUUAACUAGAGUUUAUAAAUUACCAAAAUCAAGAUUAUAUGUUACAUAUUUUAUGGGAGAUGAAGUUUUAGGAAUUACAGAAGAUUUAGAAACUAAAGAGAUAUGGAAAGAAAUUGGAGUCCCCGAAGAGAGAAUCUUGCCUUUUGGAGCAAAUGAUAAUUUUUGGGAAAUGGGAUUAACAGGCCCUUGUGGGCCUUGUACUGAAAUUCAUAUUGACCACAUAGGAGUGACAAAUAGAUCAGAAUUUGUAAAUAAGGGACUGCAUGACUUGACUGAGCUUUGGAACAUCGUUUUUAUUGAAUAUAAUAGACAUAUAGAUGGAACUAUUAGCACACUUCCACAGAAACAUGUAGACACGGGCAUGGGUUUUGAGAGGUUAACAUCAGUCUUGCAGGGAAAAACUAGUAAUUAUGAUACAGACAAUUUUGCAUAUUUGUUAGAUGCGAUCCAUAAGAAUUCUAGGGGUUUGCCAAAAUAUGGAGGAAAAUUUGGAGAAAUGGAUUGGGAUAACUUGGACACAUCUUACAGGAUAUUAGCAGAUCACUUACGAAUGAUAACUGUUUGUUUGGCUGACGGAGUAAUUCCUGAACAAAACCAAAAACUGAGAAGAAUUUUACGGAAAGCAUUUCUACUUAGUGAAUCAGUGUUUAAAAAAGAAAAAGGGUUGGUAAAAGAGCUAACAAAUUAUGUCGUUGAGAACUUGGGCCCUAUAUAUCCAGAAAUGGAAAGGAAUGUGACACAAAUUCAGCAAAUAGUAAACUAUGAGGAAGAGAUUUAUAAGUAUUUGAGGCAAUCUGUAGCCAAAGACUGGGAAAGACUGUCCAAAGAGAAUAAGAAGUUUUUAGAAAUCGACAUAGUUGAAAGUCCAAGUUUUAUUACUGCAUAUAAAGAAGUCGCAUCCUUAGAUGUCAAGGAAUUAGAUGCAAAUUUGGCUUUCAAAUUAUACGACACAUACGGUUUGGAUGAAGACACAAUAUUUAAACUAUCAAGAGUGCUGGAUUUAAAAUUUAAUUCUGAUCUAUUGGAUCAGGAAUUGGAGAAAGCCAAAUAUAAAUCAAAAGAAAAUUCUUUGACUCAAGACGAUAACUUGUAUUCUACUCUUGUUAAGGAGAAUAUUCCAAAAACCCAUGAUCGUUUCAAAUACUUAUACUCUAAAGAUCAAGACAAAUAUGUGUUUAAUAGUUUAGACGUAAAGGUUUUAAAGAUUUUUCAAGAAGGUACUUCCGUUCCAGAGAUAGACAGCGAUUUUUACUGUUCUUUAUUGCUUGACAGAACCAACUUGUAUUCUGAGGCGGGAGGCCAAAUCUGCGACACAGGCACCAUCAGUUUUGGAAACAAUACAUUUGAUGUUAUGGCUCUCGAAAAUAUCAAUGGGUAUAUACUACAUAAAGGUUUUUUUAAAUCCAAGGGCAGCAGAUUGGAUUUAUAUACAAGAGGGCAACUGAGUGUAAACCCAGAGUUCAGACUGGGUUGUAUGAGAAAUCACACAGGUGCGCACUUGUUAAAUGCCGCUGUUAAGAAAGUCAAAGGGGCCACUUGUCAGAAAUCAAGCAAAGUGACUGAUAAAUACUUAAGUUUUGACAUUGCCAUAUUCGGUGAUAAACUGGAUGUCGAUCAAAUACACACGAUUGAGGAACAAAUUUUAAAAACUGUUAAGAAUGAGCAACCAGUAAAUGUUAGCGAGGUGGACAGCCAGAAAUUAUUGGAUUUCGAUUUUGUUACUUUAAUACCUGGUGAAAUAUAUCCUGAUAGUGGCAUUAGAAUCGUCGAAAUCAAGGAUACUGAUUUCGUGUCAAGGGAACCCUGUUGUGGAACACAUGUAUUGAAUACUUCAGACAUAGGAGACUUCUGUAUUGUCAAUGUAAAAUCGCUGGGAAGAAGUACAACAUCCAUUUCGGCUGUUACCGGCGAUAGAGCUAAACUUGCUAGAUCGAAUGCAGCCGAGUUAGUGGAAGAAAUAGAUGCACUAACGAAAAAUAUCGGUGAUAAUAUUGACAAGCCAGAAUUGUUGGAUAUGAUAGUAUCAAAUUUAAGAAGGAAACUAAAUUAUAGUAUUCAAGAUGAAUUUAUACUUCCCAUCUGUGUAAAGCAUUAUUGUAUCGAAAAGUUAGAUCAAAUUAGCAAACAAAUUAGAGAAACGACAAGGGAAAAUUUAAGGGAUUUUAUCGAAAUUGAAAUGCAGAAUGUGUUGGACUCGAGCGUUAAAACAUCAAAAUCCAAUAAGAAAUAUAUUGUCCAUUACCUUCGCAGUUCAAUGAUUUUGCAGUCAGUGCCUUUACAGAAAGCAACAAAACUGUGUCCUGAUCUCCCUAUUCUAGUAAUAUCCUACGCCGAUAAUAUGGUCAAAGCAAGGUGUUGCGUUCCUAAGAAACUGAGGACUGACAAAUUCAAUGCAGAGAAAUGGAUGAAAGAAACGGUUGCUACCGUUUUCAACAGUAGGGCAGCUCCCCCUAAAGGGCAGGACGGAUCUUUGGUCUGCAAUAUGAAGUCAAAGCGGGUACACUUACAAGAUUGGGACCCACUACUGAAUGAAGGUCUCGAAAAAGCUCAACAAUACGUCGAAGAAAAUUUAUAGAUUUUUAAUUUUGUAAAUUAUUUAUUACGCACUAAUUGCAUUAAAUAGUCAUUUCA